AUUUCAUUUGGAGUGUUGCGGUUCAUACGUAUUUUGCGCUACAAUCCUAGUACCAUGAGGACAGGUGUAAUAAAUAUCAUACUUUAAAUGAGUAUUUAGAUAACUACUUGAGUCUAAAUUCAUUCAAGUUUGGAAAAGACAAGUAACUUUUCUGUGUCGAGAUCAGGAUUCCUUUUAUCAUCAAUCCAUUCCAACUGAGUCAACACAUUAGGUAAGUGGAUUUGUUAGAUCAUUUAAUUAUUUAUAAACGACAUAUAUAUAUUUAGCAGAUUCAUAGCACAUCCCUUAAAUUCUCAAGAAUGAGUACUGAGAAUGCUUCAAAAAAUUGGGAGCUUACUUUGUAUGAAUUACAUCGUAAACCACAAGAGCCUAUUACCGAUGGAACAGUUAUUGCUGUUAGUCCACGAAGCUUAAAGAGUGAACUAAUGUGUCCAAUAUGUUUGGAUAUAUUAAAAGUGACUAUGACAACGAAAGAAUGCUUACAUCGUUUUUGCUCUGAAUGUAUUAUCACCGCUCUUCGUAAUGGUAACAAAGAAUGUCCAACAUGUCGUAAAAAGUUGGUGUCGAAAAGAUCGUUAAGAAGAGAUCCAAAUUUUGAUGCGUUAAUUUCAAAAAUUUAUCCAAGUCGUCAAGAGUAUGAAGCACAUCAAGAUAAGAUUUUAGCACGUUUAAAUCGUCAACAUUUAAGUGCAGCAUUGACAAGAUCACUGGAACAACAAUUAGGCUUGAAUGGCAACAACAAUACUACUGCCAAUAGUAGUAAUGGCAGUAGAUCACGAAAUUCAACCAACACUGGACGUAAUCAAACACUAGUCAAUAACAAUGCUGGUAAUGGCGGAACAAGUGAAGUACAUACAGAUGCUGGAAUAAGUGAAGAAGAAACACCGUCAAAUUUUAUCAGUAAUGGUGCUUGUUCAACACGACGUGUCUCAUCUACAUCGCAUCAAUUAACUAAUAAUUCCGAUACGGAAAGUGGAAUGGAUACAAAUUCAAUUGGCGAAAAUAGUUCUGUAUCCGAUUUACCAGUUUUACAUUAUCGUAAUAAUACAUCAGCUACUUCUUCUAUGUUCACUACAACUGCUGGCGGUGCUGGUGAUUCAAAUCAUCCUCAUACUCAAUACAAUUGUUCCAUGGAUCGUAGUAUUAUUAAUAACAAUAACAAUAAUAGUAGUAUUCUGCAUAAUAAUAAUAAUUCAACUUCAUCUAUGUUAUCACCAUCUGUAUUUCCUGAAAUUGAAGUUUUAUUGAAACCACAUCCACGUUAUUCUUCGCAGUAUACCACUUCCACUGCUAUGGUGUCAUCUACUUCAUGUAGUCCAUCUACAUCAACAGGACAUCGUAAUAACAAUAAUGCUAACAGUAGUAAUGGUAAUAAUAACCCUAAUAGUAAUUACAAUGAUCAAGGAAAUGGUUUAAUCAAAUAUCUUAAAGCUCCGACAAUAACUACAGUUGAUCAUUUAUGUAGAUAUUUAACUGUACGUAUUAAUCUUCAAAGAAUAAACAGAGAAGUAUCUGAUGAAAGUGUUCGAUUCAUCUUAUACAGUUAUCAUGAAAGUACAAAUACUUAUCAAUUAUUAGAUUCCCAUAUGUCCAUUGAAGAAAUUAGUCGUGAUCAAUUUCAUGGAGUGAAUUGUCUUGAUUUAUAUUAUGCACGAGAUGAUAUCUUAGAUGAUAAUAAUAAUAAUAAUAGUAAUAGUAAUAAUAAUAAUAAUAAUAAUAAUAAUUGA